AAGGUCUCGUUACGGAAUCCGUCUUCCACCUUCGUCUUCUGACCGCCCGCAGGCGACGAUAUAAUGACGUCACGGCGACGCUUGUUGGCGGUAGUUUGAAAAGGAGAAUGCGCUUUUCUUAGUUGUGAUAAUGUCGGCGUUGAGUGCCUUUGGGAAACUCCCAACACUGAAUUCCGCGACCAUUUUGUUGGUGGGAACAAAUGAUGUUUUCCAGCAGCAACUAGCAGAAACUAUACUUAAGGAAAAACAAGAUUUGAAAAUAAAUAUCCAUUUGGCAGCCUCUCUUCCUUUACCUGUAGAGAGAAACCACAUUCGACCGAGGAUCGAUUUGAUUGUCUUUAUGAUUAAUGUUCAAAGCAAAUACAGUUUUGAAGAUAUAGAAGCUUCCCUUAUACAUGUAGAUGCAAACUUUUUCCUUGGAAAAGUGUGCCUUCUGGUUACUGGUGUAGGUAGAAUGAAUAAAAUCAGUGUGGAUAUGGAUGCUGUCUGGAAGCUAGCAGACCGUUACUGUAGCCCUGUCUUGUUCUGUGAGCUUGAAUGUGAAAAAGUCAGAACUGUCACAGCUCAGAGACUUCUCCGGAUGUUACAAAUAUGCGCUGGUCAUGUAUCGGGGAUAUCUUCCCUUUCCUUCAGUUCUUUAAUGAAAUGCUCCAGUGAGGACUCAAGUUAUUUGACAUAAAACAUUGUUGUAUUUUCCAGUUUUAUUAUCUGUGGUUUCUGAGUGGUCUGAACAUAAGUAUCACUCUAUCAGAAACAAAUCUUACCUACUAUUUUUUCAUAUGGGAUAGGGGUGGUGUCUUAAAGGAGCCAAAUUAGCCUGGACUUAUCAGUAAUUAUGAUGCCUCCUUCUCAAAGUCUAGUUCUCAAGUAUAUAGCAGGCAAUCAAAAUUGUUGGCAUAUAAGCACAGGUAUAAUACAUGAAAACUCUGGUGUUUCCAGAAUGAAUUGCUAGAACAAGUUUCUUAAUGCCAUUUACGUACAGAUAAAUAUCUCCAGUGUCUUCAGGAUCUUCAUGAAGAAAAGUGUUUCUCACAGAUAUAUAUAUAUCAAACAAAAUGGAAUCCCUGCUGUCUGCAGCACAUAGAACACGUAUUAUCCUGAGCAGAAUGUCAGUGACAGGUUGGGCAACAAAAAAAAGCAGAUAUUUGAUUAAUUAUUAUAGAGCAACUGGCCUUUUGGAUAAUUAGAGAUACAUAUCCAAUGCAACUCCCAAAAUUGGAGGGUUUAGGAUCAAGAUGAAGUUCCAUUGAAAAGGGCUGCAAAUAGUGCAUCUUCUUUAAGUCAUUUUUGUAUGGAAAGCAAGUAUUUUUUCUGAAGAGUAGCUUUUUUUUUAGUAUAUUUUUUUUUAUUAUACUAAACAUUAAAAUGCACAUUGCAAAAAAGGGGGAAAGGGAGAAGAUAAUACAAAAGCAAAAUAAACUAAACAAGACUACAAAAAAGUGCAUACAAAUCCAAACAUAUACAUAAAUUGCCCGCCCAGUUGAAUACUGAAAAAUAUAUUUCAAAGAUAAUAACUCUUUCCCCCUUGCAAAGCAGGCACACAAUUUAUAAAUUUCUACAACAUUCUUUACCCGAUCCACUUAGCCUGACCUACUGACCAGGUAAAACCAACAGCCAAAGUAAACUUCAGAGAUCUCUGUUAAUAGUCAAUGUAUUUCCCUCUUAGAAUGUCCAUGAUGACUUCUGAUCAGUAUGAUCAUUGUCUCUGGUCCAUUCAGGAUAAAAUAUUCUUGAUUGAUCCUUAAUUAUUAGACUUUCCCUGAAAAAUAUUAAUUGAGAUCUUUCCUAACAGUGGAAUUUUAUUUCCCAAAGUCAUGAGACACUUGUGAAUAUCUCCACAGCAUUUGUAGUUUUAAAAGUCUCUUGUAAGUUAUAAUAGAACGGCUCAUAACACUUGUUUUCCAGUUGGAUAUUGUGAAUCCAUUUCCCAAUCUCCCUCAAUCUUGAAAGUCAAGUUCAUCAGUGAUCAUUUUUAUCAAUCUUAAGUCUUUAAAAUCCAUAGUUCAGGAGUGACCAGGAUCAAUAUUGGCUAUUUAGCUAUAUUCCUCCCACAAGGUGGUAUCUUUUUAUACUGCCUUCAUAGAUUUAAAAGCAGUAAACAGAAGAGUUCAUCUGCCACUCUCAAAUGAUUUAGGACAAAAGAUGGCCUAUUCUAUUCAAAUUCUAUUAUAUCCACUAGAACAGCUAGCACAACUUCUUUAUGCUUUUUUUCUUUUUUUACAAUUUUGUCCCUUGAGCUUGCACAAAAAUUCUUCAAAGCUUUCUUAUCUCUAUAAGUUCUUUUUUUUUCUAAGCAUGUGUCUGUUGCUACACUGCAAUUGGAGAAGAACCUCAUGAAAGUGAAGGAUAAAUUGUGGCUGGCUAUACUAAGCUGUCACCUUAGAUUAACCCUCUUCCUGAUCUUUCCAUCCCCAACUAUGAGUGAUAAUUUCCAAUCCAACUGAAAAGAAAUAAUUGUGACUAAAUUCCCCUUUAUGGCCUAUUGUGCCUCUACUUAAUAGGGGUUAUGAGCAGGCCAAAACUCUAAUUAAACAAUGCAUAACAAUGCCAGUUUAACUUAACUAGGACCCCAAACUUCAUCAGUGAAGGUCUCAGGUAUUUUCCUUCACUCUUGACAAAUUGAAAAGCCUUUAUUUUUUUCACAAUGUCAUUGUUCUCCUUCAGCCAUGCACAAUGCAGAAACUUGUCAGAAUGAUAAUCCUGGGCAUAGAGGAACACUAGCAUGUUCUCCAGUGCUCACAUUAAAAAAGUACAUCAACUUCAUCCUCAACAAGUAUCCAGGGUACCUGUGACAAUUGUAUAUUUCUCUGCUACUUCUGGGCAUUAGCUGUGCUACAACAUACAGUGUUGGUAGUACACAACAGUACACAAAAUCUGCUGGUUGAUGACUUCUUAGCCUCAUUUAGAUGUACAUACUCCUAGUUUGCUACCACAGUGCACUCUCUUUAAUUUAUCCUAUUUCUACUCAACAUUUUGUAACUUUUUAUGUCUAUCCUUUCCAAUCCCUCUUAAUACCUUUUACAUACCUAUGUCUUCUUUUAUUGACUAUAUUCCUUCCUCAGGCCUAUUCUGUUCUAUGAUUAUAAUAAGGAUUUUUGUUUUUCCUAAAUUGGCAUUGGGGGUGUGUGUCUGAAAGCUCAGAAGGUGCCCAUUGGCACCAUGGUAGCGAAAACUUCAUAUAUUGUAUUAGGAGGGUAAGAUCAUCCAGGUUCAACUUUAUUCAUAUAUUUAUUGAUAUAAUGUGUGAUGAGGACAUGCCAUUUUGAACAUCUAGAAUAAAUAAAGUGAUUUUAAAAAAUAAAUGUGGA